GCCCUAAUCACUGCAAUCUGCUGCCUCCACCACCACCACCACCUCCAUUUCAUCCCCUUAAAACCCACCUCUCCCUCAAGUCUCCUCCAUUCCUAUAAAGCCUUUACACCUGCUCCGUUCCAUUCCAACACCUUUCAAAGUUUCACAGGCCUCGCUAGCUACCCUAUAAAGCUCUAUUUAUUUCGUGUCGUCGUCCCUCAAAUCUCCUCAUCUCAUCUCCCUCUCUCGCGUCACUGAAGAAAAAUCCAACAGCAGUGUUCUUCAUGUGUUCCAUAUUUCCUUCGCAUUCAGUCAUCGGCGUGUCGUCGCCGGCGCAAUCAGCAGCAGGCGGCGGCGGCGGUGGCAGUGGGUUUCAGAGCCCUGCUGAGAGCAGAGGCAGCAGCAUGAGCAGCGGCGGCAGCUCUCUGCCCUCCCCUUCUGCAGCACCUGCCUGCUCCAGAUCAUGGUCUAUAAGCGAGGAUUCGCUGCGGAGGUACGUGAGCUACGCGAGCGAGAGCUGCAUCCAGGAGCUGCUGGCGGCGUCGGACUCCGGCCGCGGGGGCGCCGACGGCGACAGCGACGGCGACGACGGGUGGAAGGUGCUGGUGUACCACAACGGCGUCGAGAUAUCCAAGCGGCGGACGGGGCCCGCGCACGUCUUCCGGAGCCGGUGGCUCCUUCAGGACGUCUCGCCGGAGCAGUUCAUGGCCGUCGCCAACGCCGUCGACGCCGCCAAGCAGUGGGAGUCGGACCAGCUGGUGGAGUCAUCCUACAUCAGGGAGCUGGGCGACGACCUGAGCAUCAUCCACCUCAAGUUCGGCGACGCCUCCUCCUCCUCCACCACCAGCCGGCGGCCCGCCCGGCGCCGGGACCUGGUCGUCUACGAGCGGCGCCAGGCCAUGGACGACGGCACGCUGGUGGUCGCGGUGGCCUCGCUGCCCAAGGAGAUCGCCGCGGGCUUGCUGCCGCCGCCCAAGGGCGGCUCCGUCGUCGUCGGCCGCAGCCUGCUGCUGCAGUCCGGCUGGGUCGUCGAGAGGCUCGACGGCGACGCCGGAUCCUGCGUCGUCACCUACGUCGUGCACCUGGACCCGGCCGCCGGCUGGCUGCCGCGCUGCAUCGUCAGCCGCCUCAACAGCAAGCUCGUCAUGGUCAUCGCCAAGCUCAGGAGGAUCGCGCAGGCCACCGUGCCUGCCGCCGCCGGCUAGCUGUCAGUGUGAGAGUUAUUAGCAGCGUCGUCGGUCAGCUGCUGCACGCGUAGUUAUAAGUAAAUAUAUAUAUACGUACUAUGUUUUUUUGGUAGAAACGGAGUGCACGCGCGUCAUCCAUCUCGGGAUGCCCCGCACUAUAUACCUAUUGUAUUGUUUCAGACUAUGUGAGUGAGAAUUACUAUAUAUGUGUGCACGUUUUAGUAUUAUUAUUAUAUUUUUUUCGAAAACUUUUCAGUAUUUAGAAUUACUAUGUGUGUACUCUCUCAAUUCUAAAAUAACUAUUGUUUUGGGUUUUCGUGUCGCAA